AAAUGGCUGCCUCGUUCCCCACUUUCCGCUCAGUUUCCUGACCCCCCGGCGCCGGGAGCCGGGGUUGGGCCAUGCACCUCUAGGCCCCCCGCGAUCGCAGCCAGCCGGGGGUCGAGGGGGUGCCGCCGAUCAGAGCCGGCCAGGCCGGGGGCGGGGCAGCUCCCGAGGCCAGAGGGGAAGGGAGGCGAGCGCAGGGCCCGGAGCGGCCGGAGGGGAGCGGGCAGAGGGCUCGCACCGCCCGCCCCUUCCUCUUCCUCGCCCACCUACCCUCCUCCCUUCCCCGGGGGGAGCAGAAGGUGGGGGGCUCGAAGCCGCCGAGGGCGAGCGCUCGGGGUCGAGGAGCCCGGCGCUGGGGUGUGUGUCAGGUUCAGCUCCGCGGCCCCGCCGGCUCCGUGUCGCCGUAGCUCGCGCGGCCCCGGGGCGCCGGCCCGAGCGGGGAGAGGGGCUCGGCGCUCCUGCGAGGGUCUCACGUUCCAUCCGGGCCCGGCGCGGGGCGGCGCGGCAUUCCUUCCGGGCUGCUGGGGAGGCGCCUCGACGUUCCAUCUGGAGAGCCUCGACGUUCCGCCCGAGCCCGGUGCGGGCGGCCGGGGCGCUGGCCCAGCCCUAGGACUGAGAGGCCGCCCGGCGACGCGGAUGCGGAUCCUGCUCGCCCAAGAUCAAAGCCACCGGUGCUCUCUUUGUGUCCGCUCGGGAUUCGCCGCCCAGGGGCUGUCCAUGGAAACCUAAACUGCUGGAACCCGAGGCAGAGAGCCCUUCUUUGGCUUCUUGCUUUUUUGGGGCGGGGGAGGGUGGCCACUCCGACCUGGAUUUACCGUUCUUGGCCCCCCUAAGCCCCCCCGUGCGGGGGGCGGCUGUGAUCGCUCUGGCGGUUGGAGGUCGGGGAGCGGCCCGGGCUCUGGCCAUGUUCUCGGAUGAGGAUUUCUGGAUCGCCCUGUGAAGAGGUCUCCCCGAGAGGGCCCUGCCCAGUCGGAGAGAGGGAUGGACAGCCCGAAGCCGCCUGGUGAGGAUAAAGAUUCAGAACCAGCAGCUGAUGGACCUGCAGCCUCCGAGGAGUCAGGUGCCACUGAGCCAGACCUCCCCAAACCACAUGUGGGGGAGGGCUCUGUGCCCAGUUCUGGGGGUCCCAGGCUUCAGGAGCCUCCCCAGGACUGCAGUGGGGGUCCAAUGCGGCGUUGUGCUCUCUGUAACUGCGGGGAGCCCAGUCUACAUGGGCAGCGGGAGCUACGGCGCUUUGAGUUGCCAUUUGACUGGCCCCGGUGUUCAGUGGUGUCCCCUGGGGGGAACCCAGGGCCCAGUGAGGCAGCGCUGCUCAGUGAGGACCUAUCACAGAUUGGUUUCCCUGAGGGCCUGACACCUGCCCACCUAGGAGAACCUGGAGGGUCCUGCUGGGCUCACCACUGGUGUGCUGCGUGGUCGGCAGGCGUGUGGGGGCAGGAGGGCCCAGAACUAUGUGGUGUGGACAAGGCCAUCUUCUCAGGGAUCUCACAGCGCUGUUCCCACUGCACCAGACUCGGUGCCUCCAUCCCUUGCCGCUCGCCUGGAUGUCCACGUCUUUACCACUUCCCCUGUGCAGCUGCCAGCGGUUCCUUCUUAUCCAUGAAAACACUGCAGCUGCUUUGCCCGGAGCACAGUGAGGGGGCCGCACAUCUGGAGGAGGCUCGCUGUGCCGUAUGUGAGGGGCCAGGGGAAUUGUGUGACUUGUUCUUCUGUACCAGCUGUGGGCAUCACUAUCACGGGGCCUGCCUGGACACUGCUCUGACUGCCCGCAAGCGUGCUGGCUGGCAGUGCCCUGAAUGCAAAGUGUGCCAAGCUUGCAGGAAACCUGGGAAUGACUCUAAGAUGUUGGUCUGUGAGACAUGUGACAAAGGAUACCAUACCUUCUGCCUGAAACCACCUAUGGAGGAGCUGCCUGCUCACUCUUGGAAGUGCAAGGCAUGCCGGGUAUGCCGGGCCUGUGGGGCAGGCUCAGCAGAGCUGAACCCCAACUCUGAGUGGUUUGAGAACUACUCGCUCUGUCACCGCUGUCACAAAGCCCAGGGAGGACAGCCUGUCAGUUCUGUUGCUGAGCAGCACCCCCCGGUCUGUAGCAGAUUCUCACCCCCAGAGCCUGGCGAUACCCCCACUGAUGAGCCCGAUGCUCUGUACGUUGCAUGCCAAGGGCAGCCAAAGGGUGGGCACGUGACCUCUAUGCAACCCAAGGAACCGGGGCCCCUGCAAUGUGAAGCCAAACCACUAGGUAGAGAAGGGGCCCAACUUGAGCCCCAGUUGGAGGCCUCCCUCAAUGAGGAGAUGCCACUGCUGCCCCCACCUGAGGAGUCGCCCCUGUCCCCACCACCUGAGGAAUCACCCACAUCCCCGCCGCCUGAGGCAUCGCGCCUGUCCCCACCGCCUGAGGACUCACCCCUCUCUCCACCGCCUGAGGAGUCUCCUCUGUCUCCCCCACCUGAGGCAUCACCUUUUUCUCCACUGGAGGAGUCACCCUUCUCUCCCCCAGAGGAGUCCCCCCCAUCUCCCCUGCUUGAGACACCCUUAUCCCCACCGCCUGAAGCAUCACCUCUGUCACCACCAUUUGAGGAGUCUCCCCUGUCCCCCCCACCGGAGGAAUUGCCUACCUCCCCACCACCCGAAGCAUCGCGCCUGUUCCCACCACCUGAGGAGUCACCCAUGUCCCCUCCACCUGAAGAGUCACCCAUGUCUCCACCACCUGAGGCAUCUUGUCUGUUCCCACCAUUUGAAGAAUCGCCCCUGUCCCCUCCACCAGAGGAGUCUCCUCUCUCCCCACCACCUGAGGCAUCACGCCUGUCGCCACCACCUGAGGACUCACCCAUGUCCCCGCUACCUGAAGACUCGCCUAUGUCCCCCCCGCCUGAGGUGUCACGCCUGUCUCCCCUGCCUGAGGUGUCACGCCUGUCCCCACCACCCGAGGAAUCUCCUCUGUCCCCACCACCUGAGGAGUCUCCCACAUCCCCGCCACCUGAGGCUUCACGCCUGUCCCCACCGCCUGAGGACUCACCUGCUUCCCCGCCACCGGAGGACUUGCUUACGUCCCUACCCCUGGAGGAGUCACCCCUAUCGCCACUGCCUGAGGAACUGCGACUCUGCCCCCGGCCCGGGGAGCCGCGCCCGUCCCCUGCGCCCGAGGAGCCUCAUCUGUCCCCUGCGCCCCAGGAGCCGCGUCUGUCCCCUGUGCCUGAGGAGCCGCAUCUGUCCCCUGCGCCCCAGGAGCCGCGCCCGUCCCCUGCGUCCGAGGAGCCGCGUCUGUCCCCUGCACCUGAGGAGCUGCAUCUGUCCUCCCAGCCUGAGGAGCCGCGCCUGUCCCCUCGCCCUGAGGAGCUGUGCCUGUCCCCCACGCCCGAGGAGCCGCAGUUGUCCCCAGUGCCCGAGGAGCCGCGCCUGUCCCCUCGACCUGAAGAGCCCCCUGAGGAGCCAGGCCUAUGCCCUGCACCUGAGGAAUUGCCGUCGUUCCUCCCACCUGGGGAGCCACCCUUAUCCCCUUUGCUUGGAGAGCCGGCCCUGUCUGAGCCUGGGGAGCCACCUCUGUCCCCUCUGCCUGAGGAGCUGCCGUUGUCCCCAUCCGGGGAGCCAUCUUUGUCACCUCAGCUGAUGCCACCAGAUCCUCUUCCUCCUCCGCUCUCACCCAUUAUCACAGCUGUGGCCCCGCCGGCCCUGUCUCCUUUGGGAGAGUUAGAGUACCCCUUUGGUGCCAAAGGGGACAGUGACCCUGAGUCGCCAUUGGCUGCCCCCAUCCUAGAGACACCUAUCAGCCCUCCACCAGAAGCUAACUGCACUGACCCUGAGCCUGUACCCCCUAUGAUCCUUCCCCCAUCUCCAGGCUCCCCGGUAGGACCGGCCUCUCCCAUGCUGAUGGAGCCCCUUCCCCCUCGUUGUUCCCCACUCCUCCAGCAUUCCCUGCCUCCCCCAAACUCCCCUCCUUCCCAGUGCUCUCCCCCUGCUCUGCCACUGUCUGUUCCUUCCCCACUGAGUCCCAUACAGAAGGCAGUGCAGGUCUCAGAUGAGGCUGAGCCACAUGAGAUGGAGACUGAGAAAGCCCCAGAACCUGAGUGCCCAGCCUUGGAACCCAGCCCUACUAGUCCUCUCCCCUCUCCCAUGGGGAACCUUUCCUGCCCUGCCCCCAGCCCUGCCCCAGCCCUGGAUGACUUCUCUGGCCUGGGGGAAGAUACAGCCCCUCUGGAUGGGACUGACACUCCUGGAUCACAUCCAGAGGCCGGACAGACCCCCGGCAGUUUGGCUAGUGAACUUAAGGGUUCCCCUGUGCUCCUGGACCCCGAGGAGCUGGCCCCUGUGACCCCUAUGGAGGUCUAUGGCCCAGAAUGCAAGCAGGCAGGGCAGGGCUCACCCUGUGAAGAGCAAGAGGAGCCACGUGCACCAGUGGCCCCCACCCCACCUACUCUCAUCAAAUCUGACAUCGUUAAUGAGAUCUCCAAUCUGAGCCAGGGCGAUGCCAGUGCCAGUUUUCCUGGCUCAGAGCCCCUGCUGGGCUCUCCCGACCCCGAGGGCGGUGGCUCCCUGUCCAUGGAGCUGGGGGUAUCUACAGACGUUAGUCCAGCCCGAGAUGAGGGCUCCCUGCGACUUUGUACGGAUUCGCUGCCAGAGACUGAUGACUCGCUGCUGUGUGAUGCUGGGACAGCUAUCGGAGGAGGCAAAGCGGAGGGGGACAAGGGGAGGCGGCGCAGCUCCCCGGCUCGUUCCCGCAUCAAACAGGGUCGCAGCAGUAGUUUCCCAGGAAGACGCCGGCCACGUGGAGGAGCACAUGGAGGACGUGGGAGAGGACGGGCCCGGCUAAAAUCAACUACUUCUUCCAUUGAGACUCUGGUAGUUGCUGAUAUCGAUAGCUCUCCCGGCAAGGAGGAAGAAGACGACGAUGAUGACACCAUGCAGAAUACCGUGGUUCUCUUCUCCAACACAGACAAGUUUGUCCUAAUGCAGGACAUGUGUGUGGUAUGUGGCAGCUUUGGCCGGGGGGCAGAGGGCCACCUUCUUGCCUGUUCCCAGUGCUCUCAGUGCUAUCACCCUUACUGUGUCAACAGCAAGAUCACCAAGGUGAUGCUGCUGAAGGGCUGGCGUUGCGUGGAGUGCAUCGUGUGUGAGGUAUGCGGCCAGGCCUCAGACCCCUCCCGCCUGCUGCUCUGUGAUGACUGUGACAUUAGCUACCACACGUACUGCCUGGACCCGCCACUGCUCACCGUGCCCAAGGGUGGCUGGAAGUGCAAGUGGUGUGUGUCCUGUAUGCAGUGUGGGGCCGCCUCCCCUGGCUUCCACUGUGAAUGGCAGAAUAGUUACACGCACUGCGGGCCCUGCGCCAGCCUGGUGACCUGCCCGAUCUGUCAUGCCCCGUAUGUGGAAGAGGACCUCCUGAUCCAGUGCCGUCACUGUGAACGGUGGAUGCAUGCUGGUUGCGAGAGCCUCUUCACAGAGGAUGACGUGGAGCAGGCGGCCGAUGAGGGCUUUGACUGUGUCUCUUGCCAGCCUUACGUGGUAAAGCCUGCUGUGCCUGUUGCGCCUCCAGAGCUGGUGCCUAUGAAGGUGAAAGAGCCGGAGCCCCAGUACUUCCGCUUCGAGGGUGUGUGGCUGACAGAAACUGGCAUGGCUGUGCUGCGUAACCUGACCAUGUCGCCCCUGCACAAGCGGCGCCAGCGGCGAGGACGGCUUGGCCUCCCAGGCGAGGCAGGGCUGGAGGGUUCUGAGCCUUCAGAUGCCCUUGGCCCUGAUGACAAGAAGGAUGGAGACCUGGACACUGAUGAGCUGCUCAAGGGUGAAGGUGGUGUGGAACACAUGGAAUGCGAAAUUAAACUAGAGGGCCCCGUCAGCCCUGAUGGAGAGCCUGGCAAAGAGGAGACCGAGGAAAGCAAAAAACGCAAACGCAAACCCUAUCGGCCUGGCAUCGGUGGUUUCAUGGUGAGACAGCGGAAAUCCCACACACGUGUGAAAAAGGGGCCUGCUGCACAGGCGGAGGUGUUGAGUGGGGAUGGGCAGCCCGACGAGGGUGAGACGGUGUUGCCUGCCGACCUGCCUGCAGAGGGCUCUGUGGACCAGAGCUUAGCUGAUGGGGAUGAGAAGAAGAAGCAGCAGCGGCGAGGGCGCAAGAAGAGCAAACUAGAGGACAUGUUCCCUGCUUAUCUGCAGGAAGCCUUCUUUGGGAAGGAGCUGCUGGACCUGAGCCGGAAGGCCCUUUUUGCAGUUGGGGUGGGCCGGCCAAGCUUUGGACUAGGAACCCCAAAAGCCAAGGGGGAUGGAGGCUCAGAUAGGAAGGAGCUCCCGACCUCACAGAAAGGAGAUGAUGGUCCGGAUGUUGCCGAUGAAGAAUCCCGUGGUCCUGAGGGCAAGGCUGACACAUCAGGACCUGAGGAUGGCGGCGUAAAGGCAUCCCCAGUGCCUAGUGACCCUGAGAAGCCAGGCACCCCGGGGGAAGGGAUGCUUAGCUCUGACUUAGACAGGAUUCCCACAGAAGAACUGCCCAAGAUGGAAUCCAAGGACCUGCAGCAGCUUUUCAAGGAUGUUCUGGGUUCUGAACGAGAGCAACAUCUGGGUUGUGGAACCCCUGGCCUCGACGGCAGCCGUACACCGCUACAGAGGCCCUUUCUUCAAGGUGGACUCCCUUUGGGCAAUCUCCCCUCCAGCAGCCCAAUGGACUCCUACCCGGGCCUUUGCCAGUCCCCAUUCCUGGAUUCUAGGGAGCGCGGGGGCUUCUUUAGCCCGGAGCCCGGUGAGCCAGACAGCCCCUGGACAGGCUCGGGGGGCACCACGCCCUCCACCCCGACCACGCCCACCACAGAGGGUGAGGGCGACGGGCUCUCCUACAACCAGCGGAGUCUUCAGCGCUGGGAGAAGGACGAGGAGUUGGGCCAGCUCUCUACCAUCUCACCUGUGCUCUAUGCCAACAUUAACUUUCCCAAUCUCAAGCAAGAUUACCCAGACUGGUCUAGCCGCUGCAAACAAAUCAUGAAGCUCUGGAGAAAAGUUCCAGCUGCUGAUAAAGCCCCCUACCUGCAAAAGGCCAAAGAUAACCGGGCAGCUCACCGCAUCAACAAGGUGCAAAAGCAGGCUGAGAGCCAGAUCAACAAGCAGACCAAGGUGGGCGACAUGGCCCGUAAGACUGACCGACCGGCCCUACAUCUCCGCAUUCCCCCCCAGCCAGGGGCACUGGGCAGCCCGCCUCCUGCUGCUGCCCCCACCAUUUUCAUUGGCAGCCCCACUCCCCCCGCCGGCUUGUCUACCUCUGCGGAUGGGUUUCUGAAGCCGCCGGCGGGCACGGUGCCCGGCCCCGACUCGCCCGGUGAGCUCUUCCUCAAGCUCCCACCCCAGGUGCCCGCCCAAGUGCCUUCGCAGGACCCCUUUGGACUGGCCCCCGCCUACGCUCUGGAGCCCCGCUUCCCCACGGCACCACCCACCUAUCCUCCCUAUCCUAGUCCGACCGGGGCCCCCGCGCAGCCCGCGACGCUGGGCGCCUCAUCUCGUCCUGGGACCGGCCAGCCAGGGGAGUUCCACACCACCCCACCUGGCACCCCCCGACACCAGCCCUCCACACCUGACCCCUUCCUCAAACCCCGCUGCCCCUCGCUGGACAACCUGGCUGUGACUGAGAGCCCAGGGGUAGGGGGAGGCAAGGCUUCUGAGCCUCUGCUGUCGCCCCUGCCUUUCGUGGAGUCUCGGAAGGCCCUAGAGGUGAAGAAGGAAGAGCUUGGGGCGUCGUCUCCCAGCUAUGGGCCCCCAAACCUGGGCUUUGUUGACUCACCCUCCUCAGGCCCCCAUCUGGGUGGCCUGGAGUUAAAGGCACCCGAUGUCUUCAAAGCCCCCCUGACCCCUCGGGCAUCUCAGGUAGAGCCCCAGAGCCCAGGCUUGGGCCUAAGGCCCCAGGAGCCUCCCCCUGCCCAGGCUUUGGCCCCUUCUCCUCCCAGCCACUCGGACGUCUUUCGCCCUGGCCCCUACCCUGACCCCUAUGCCCAACCCCCGUUGACCCCUCGGCCCCCACCCCCACCCCCUGAGAGCUGCUGUGCCCUGCCUCCUCGCUCACUGCCCUCUGACCCUUUCUCCCGAGUGCCCGCCAGUCCCCAGUCCCAGUCCAGCUCCCAGUCCCCAUUGACACCCCGUCCUCUGUCUGCUGAGGCUUUCUGCCCAUCCCCUGUUACCCCUCGCUUCCAGUCCCCUGACCCUUAUUCCCGCCCGCCCUCACGCCCUCAGUCCCGGGACCCGUUUGCCCCACUGCAUAAGCCACCCCGCCCCCAGCCCCCUGAAGUUGCCUUCAAGGCUGGGCCUCUAGCCCACACUCCGUUGGGGGCUGGGGGUUUCCCAGCAGCCCUGCCCUCAGGGCCGGCAGGUGAGCUCCAUGCCAAGGUCCCAAGUGUGCAGCCCCCCAAUUUUGCCCGGUCCCCUGGGACUGGUGCAUUUGUAGGCACCCCUUCUCCCAUGCGUUUCACUUUCCCUCAGGCAGUAGGGGAGCCUUCGCUAAAGCCCCCUGUCCCUCAGCCUGGUCUCCCUCCACCCCAUGGGAUCAACAGCCAUUUUGGGCCCGGCCCUACCUUGGGCAAGCCUCAAAGCACAAACUACACAGUAGCCACAGGGAACUUCCACCCAUCGGGCAGCCCUCUGGGACCCAGCAGUGGGUCCACAGGAGAGGGCUAUGGGCUGUCCCCACUACGCCCCCCAUCAGUCCUUCCACCACCUGCACCCGAUGGAUCCCUCCCCUACCUGUCGCAUGGAGCCUCACAGCGGGCAGGCAUCACCUCUCCAGUUGAGAAGCGAGAAGACCCAGGGGCUGGGAUGGGCAGCUCUUUGGCGGCACCUGAACUUCCAGGUACCCAGGACCCAGGCAUGUCCAGCCUCAGUCAGACCGAGCUGGAGAAGCAACGACAGCGCCAACGACUACGGGAGCUGCUGAUUCGGCAGCAGAUCCAGCGCAACACCCUUCGGCAGGAGAAGGAAACCGCGGCAGCUGCCGGAGCAGUGGGGCCCCCGGGCAGCUGGGGUGCUGAGCCUAGUAGCCCUGCCUUUGAGCAGCUGGGUCGAGGCCAGACCCCCUUUGCCAGCAGCCAGGACAAGAGCAGCCUUGUGGGGCUGCCCCCAAGCAAGCUGGGUGGCCCCAUCCUGGGGCCAGGGGCUUUUCCCAGUGAUGACCGACUCUCCCGGCCACCUCCACCAGCCACCCCUUCCUCUAUGGAUGUGAACAGCCGGCAAUUGGUGGGAGGCUCCCAAGCCUUCUAUCAGCGAGCACCGUAUCCUGGGUCCCUGCCCUUGCAGCAGCAGCAGCAGCAGCAGCAACUGUGGCAGCAGCAACAGGCAACAGCAGCAACUUCCAUGCGACUUGCCAUGUCGACACGCUUUCCGUCAACUCCUGGGCCUGAACUUGGCCGCCAAGCCAUAGGUUCCCCCUUGGCGGGAAUUCCCGCCCGCCUGCCUGGCCCUGGUGAGCCAGUGCCUGGUCCAGCUGGUCCUGCCCAGUUCAUUGAGUUGCGGCACAAUGUACAGAAAGGACUGGGACCGGGGGUGCCUCCGUUUCCUGGUCAGGGCCCCCCUCAGAGACCCCGUUUUUUCCCUGUAACUGAGGAUUCUCACCGACUGGCCCCUGAAGGGCUUCGUGGCCUAGCAGUGUCAGGCCUUCCUCCUCAGAAACCCUCAGCCCCGCCGGCCCCUGAACUGAACAACGGCCUCCAUCCAACGCCCCAUACCAAGGGUCCCAACGCGCCCGCUGGCUUGGAGCUAGUCAGCCGGCCCCCCUCAGGCACUGAGCUUGGCCGCCCUCCUCUGGCCCUGGAAGCUGGGAAGUUACCCUGUGAGGAUCCUGAGUUGGAUGAUGACUUUGAUGCCCACAAGGCCCUGGAGGACGAUGAGGAGCUUGCUCACCUGGGCCUGGGUGUGGACGUGGCCAAGGGAGAUGAUGAGCUGGGCACCCUGGAAAACCUGGAGACCAAUGAUCCCCACCUGGACGACCUGCUCAACGGGGAUGAGUUUGACCUGUUGGCCUAUACUGACCCUGAGCUGGACACCGGGGAUAAGAAGGACAUCUUCAAUGAGCAUCUGAGGCUGGUGGAGUCGGCCAAUGAAAAGGCUGAGCGGGAGGCUCUGUUGCGGGGGGUGGAGCCAGGACCCUUGGGCCCUGAGGAGCGCCCUCCCCCCGCCGCUGAUGCCUCUGAGCCCCGUCUGGCGUCAGUGCUCCCCGAGGUGAAGCCCAAGUUGGAGGAGGGUGGGCGCCACCCUUCCCCUUGCCAGUUUACCAUCACCGCCCCCAAGGUAGAGCCAUCUCCAGCCACCACUUCCCUAGGCCUGGGGCUGAAGCCAGGACAGAGUGUGGUGGGCAGCCGGGACACUCGAAUGGGCACAGGACCUUUUUCCAGUAGUGGGCACCCAGCUGAGAAGGUCCCCUUUGGGACCACAGGAGGACCACCAGCUCACCUGCUGACCCCCAGCCCACUGAGUGGCCCAGGAGGGUCCUCCCUGCUGGAGAAGUUUGAGCUAGAGAGUGGGGCCCUGACCUUGCCCGGUGGACAUGCAUCUGGGGAUGAGCUGGACAAGAUGGAGAGCUCACUGGUAGCCAGUGAGUUGCCCCUGCUCAUCGAGGACCUGUUGGAACACGAGAAGAAGGAGCUGCAGAAGAAGCAGCAGCUCUCAGCACAGCUGCAGCCUGCCCAGCAGCAGCAGCAGCAGCAGCAGCAGCAGCAGCAGCAUUCCCUACUGUCCACCCCGGGCCCUGCCCAGGCUGUGUCUUUGCCACAUGAGGGCUCUUCUCCCAGUUUGGCUGGCGCCCAGCAGCAGCUUGCCCUGGGACUUGGAGGUUCCCGACAGCCGGGCUUGGCCCAGCCACUGAUGCCCACCCAGCCACCAGCUCACGCCCUCCAGCAGCGCCUGGCCCCAUCCAUGACCAUGGUGUCCAACCAAGGGCAUAUGCUAAGUGGGCAGCAUGGGGGACAGGCAGGCUUGGUGCCCCAGCAGAGCCCACAGCCAGUGCUGGCACAGAAGCCCAUGGGUACUGUGCCACCUUCCAUGUGCAUGAAACCGCAGCAGCUGGCAAUGCAGCAGCAGCUGGCUAACAGCUUCUUCCCGGAUACAGACCUGGACAAAUUUGCUGCAGAAGAUAUCAUUGAUCCUAUUGCAAAGGCCAAGAUGGUUGCUUUGAAAGGCAUCAAGAAGGUGAUGGCUCAGGGCAGCAUUGGAGUGGCACCUGGUAUGAACAGGCAGCAAGUGUCCCUGCUAGCCCAGAGACUCUCAGGGGGGCCCGGCAGUGACCUGCAGAACCACGUGGCAGCUGGGAGUGGCCAGGAGCGGAGUGCCGGUGACCCCUCCCAGCCUCGUCCCAAUCCACCCACUUUUGCCCAGGGAGUGAUCAAUGAGGCUGACCAGCGGCAGUAUGAGGAGUGGCUGUUCCAUACCCAGCAGCUCCUACAGAUGCAACUGAAGGUGCUAGAGGAGCAGAUUGGGGUGCACCGCAAGUCCCGGAAAGCUCUGUGCGCCAAGCAGCGCACUGCCAAGAAGGCCGGCCGUGAGUUCCCAGAGGCUGAUGCUGAGAAGCUCAAGCUGGUUACAGAACAACAGAGCAAGAUCCAGAAACAGCUGGAUCAGGUCCGGAAGCAGCAGAAGGAGCACACUAACCUCAUGGCAGAGUAUCGGAAUAAGCAGCAGCAGCAGCAGCAGCAGCAGCAGCAGCAGCAGCAGCAGCAGCACUCGGCUGUACUGGCCCUUAGCCCUUCCCAGAGUCCCCGGCUGCUCACCAAGCUUCCUGCUCAGCUGCUCCCUGGCCAUGGGCUGCAGCCACCGCAGGGGCCCCCCGGGGGUCAAGCUGCAGGGCUUCGCCUGCCCCCCGGGGGCAUGGCGCUACCUGGACAGCCUGGUGGCCCCUUCCUCAACACCGCCCUGGCCCAGCAGCAGCAACAGCAACAUUCUGGUGGGGCUGGGGCCCUCGCCGGCCCCUCGGGGGGCUUUUUCCCUGGCAACCUUGCUCUUCGAGGCCUAGGACCUGACUCGAGGCUUUUACAGGAGAGGCAGCUGCAGCUACAGCAGCAACGCCUGCAGCUUGCCCAGAAACUGCAACAGCAGCAGCAGCACCACCUCUUAGGACAGGUGGCAAUCCAGCAGCAACAGCAGCAGGGCCCGGGGGUACCAGCAAACCAGGGUCUGGGUCCCAAGCCCCAAGGGCUUCUGCCUCCCAGCAGCCAUCAGGGCCUCCUGGUCCAGCAGCUGUCCCCCCAGCCACCCCAGGGGCCCCAGGGCAUGCUGGGCCCUGCGCAGGUGGCAGUGUUGCAGCAGCAGCAGCAGCAGCAGCAACAGCACCCUGGAGCUCUGGGCCCCCAGGGCCCUCACAGACAGGUGAUCCUGACCCAGCCCCGGGUGCUCAGUUCCCCCCAGCUGGCACAGCAGGGUCAGGGCCUUAUGGGACACCGGCUGGUCACAUCCCAGCAGCAGCAGCAGCAGCAGCAGCAGCAGCAGCAGCAGCACCAACAGCAGGGAUCCAUGGCGGGGCUUUCCCAUCUUCAGCAGGGUCUGAUGCCACACAGCGGGCAGCCCAAACUGAGUGCUCAGCCCGUGGCCUCCUUGCAGCAGCAACAGCUGCAGCCACAGCAGCUUCAACAGCAGCAGCAGCAGCCACAGCCGCAGCCGCAGACGGGCCUCUUGAGCCAGAGUCGAACUUUACUGUCUCCUCAGCAGCCGCAGCCGCAGCCGCAGCCGCAGCAAGUGGCACUCGGCCCGGGCCUGCCAGCCAAGCCUCUGCAACACUUUUCUAGCCCCGGAGCCCUGGGCCCAACCCUCAUCCUAACGGGCAAGGAACAAAACAUUGUAGAGGCGGCUCUUCCUCCGGAGGCCACUGAGGGGCCCUCCACACAUCAGGGAGGGCCGUUAGCAGUAGGGACUGUACCGGAGUCAGUGGCCACUGAAGCAGGGGAGGUAAAGCCCUCACUCUCCGGGGACUCACAACUCCUCCUUGUCCAACCCCAGGCCCAGCCUCAGCCCAACGCUGUGCAGCUGCAGCCGCCUCUGAGGCUCCCGGGACAACAGCAGCAGCAAGUGAACUUGCUCCACACAGCGGGUGUGGGAAGCCACGGGCAACCAGGCAGUGGAUCAUCUUCUGAGGCCUCAUCUGUGCCCCACGUGCUGGCCCCAUCCUCUGUUUCCUUAGGGGAACAGCCUGGACCCAUGACCCAGAACCUUCUGAGCUCCCAGCAGCCCCUUGGACUAGAGCGGCCCAUGCAAAAUAAUGCAGGGCCACAGCCUGCCAAACCAGGAUCUGUCCCCCAGUCUGGGCAGAGCCUGCCUGGGGCUGGGGUCAUGCCUACAGUGGGUCAGCUUCGAGCGCAGCUUCAGGGAGUCCUGGCCAAAAACCCACAGCUGCGGCACUUGAGUCCUCAGCAGCAGCAGCAGCUACAGGCACUCCUCAUGCAGCGGCAGCUACAGCAGGGUCAGGCAGCGCGCCAGGCCCUGCCCUACCAGGAGCCUGGGGCCCAGCCCUCUCCCCUCCAGGGCCUCCUGGGCCGCCAGCCCCAACUCGGGGGCUUCCCUGGAUCCCAGACAGGCCCUCUUCAGGAGCUGGGGGCAGGGCUUCGACCUCAGGGCCCACCCCGGCUCCCCGCCCCACAAGGAGCCUUAUCCACAGGACCAGUCCUUGGCCCUGUCCUUCCCACGCCUCCACCAUCCAGCCCCCAAGAGCCAAAGAGACCUUCCUCACAGUUACCUUCCCCCAGCCCCCAGCUUCCCUCUGAGGCCCAGCUCCCUACCACCCAACCAGGAACCCCAAAACCCCAGGGGCCACCCUUGGAGCUGCCUCCUGGGAGAGUCUCACCUGCUGCUGCCCAGCUUGCAGAUACCUUCUUUGGCAAGGGGCUGGGACCUUGGGACCCCCCAGACAACCUAGCGGAAGCCCAGAAGCCGGACCAAAGCAGCCUGGUACCUGGGCAUCUGGAGCAGGUGAAUGGGCAGGUGGUACCCGAGCCACCCCAUCUCAGCAUCAAGCAGGAGCCUCGGGAAGAGCCAUGUGCCCUGGGAGCCCAGGCAGUGAAGAGGGAGGCCAACGGAGAGCCAAUAGGGGCACCAGGUACCAGCAACCACCUCCUGCUGGCAGGCCCUCGCUCAGAGGCCGGGCAUCUGCUCUUGCAGAAGCUUCUACGAGCAAAGAACGUGCAACUCGGCACUGGGCGGGGGCCCGAGGGGCUGCGAGCUGAGAUCAACGGGCACAUUGACAGCAAGCUGGCUGGGCUGGAGCAGAAACUACAGGGUACCCCCAGCAACAAGGAGGAUACAGCAGCAAGGAAGCCUUUGACACCGAAGCCCAAGAGGGUACAGAAGGCAAGCGACAGGUUGGUGAGCUCCCGAAAGAAGCUGCGGAAGGAGGACGGGGUCAGGGCCAGCGAGGCCCUGCUGAAACAGCUGAAACAGGAGCUGUCCCUGCUGCCCCUCACGGAGCCUACCAUCACCGCCAAUUUUAGCCUCUUUGCUCCCUUUGGCAGCGGCUGCCCAGUCAAUGGGCAGUGCCAGCUGAGGGGGGCCUUUGGAAGUGGGACGCUGCCCACAGGCCCUGACUACUAUUCCCAGCUGCUUACCAAGAAUAACCUGAGUAACCCGCCGACACCACCCUCGUCGCUGCCCCCCACCCCACCCCCGUCGGUGCAGCAGAAGAUGGUGAAUGGCGCCACUCCAUCUGAGGAGCUGGGGGAGCACCCCAAGGACGCCACCUCUGCCCGGGAUGCUGAAGGGACGCUGAGGGAUGCUUCAGAGGUGAAGAGUCUAGACCUGCUGGCCGCCUUGCCUACGCCCCCUCACAAUCAGACUGAGGAUGUCAGGAUGGAGAGUGACGAGGACAGCGAUUCUCCUGACAGCAUUGUGCCAGCUUCGUCCCCCGAGAGCAUCCUGGGGGAGGAAGCCCCUCGUUUCCCUCAGCUGGGCUCAGGCCGGUGGGAGCAGGAUGACCGGGCUCUCUCCCCCGUCAUCCCCAUCAUUCCUCGGGCCAGCAUCCCAGUCUUCCCAGACAGCAAACCUUAUGGGGCCCUGGACCUGGAGGCCCCUGGGAAGCUGCCUGCCACAACUUGGGAGAAGGGCAAAGGGAGCGAGGUGUCAGUCAUGCUGACGGUUUCUGCCGCUGCUGCCAAGAACCUGAAUGGUGUGAUGGUGGCAGUGGCAGAGCUACUAAGCAUGAAGAUCCCCAACUCCUAUGAGGUGCUGUUCCCAGAGAGCCCUGCCCGGGCAGGCAUUGAGCCUAAGAAGGGGGAAGCUGAGGGCCCUGGUGGGAAAGAAAAGGGUCUGGGAGGCAAGAGCCCAGAAGCUGGCCCUGAUUGGCUGAAGCAGUUUGAUGCUGUGUUGCCCGGCUAUACCCUCAAGAGCCAGUUGGACAUCUUGAGCCUCCUCAAACAGGAGAGCCCUGCCCCAGAGCCACCCACCCAGCACAGCUACACCUACAACGUCUCCAACCUGGACGUGCGGCAGCUCUCGGCCCCGCCUCCUGAAGCACCCUCCCCACCCCCUUCCCCUUUGGCACCCUCUCCUGCCAGCCCCCCUGCUGAACCCUUGGCUGAACUUCCAGCUGAACCCUCAGCUGAGCCACCAGUCCCCUCGCCUCUGCCACUUGCCUCGUCCCCUGAAUCAGCCCGGCCCAAGCCCCGAGCCCGGCCUUCUGAGGAAGGCGAAGAUUCCCGGCCCCCUCGCCUCAAGAAGUGGAAGGGGGUGCGCUGGAAGCGUCUCCGGCUGCUGCUGACCAUCCAGAAGGGUGGUGUGCGGCAGGAGGAUGAGCGGGAAGUGGCAGAGUUUAUGGAGCAGCUUGGCACAGCCCUGCGACCUGACAAGGUGCCUCGAGACAUGCGGCGCUGCUGCUUCUGUCAUGAGGAGGGGGAUGGGGCCACGGAUGGGCCCGCUCGCCUGCUGAACCUGGACCUGGACUUGUGGGUGCACCUCAACUGUGCCCUGUGGUCCACGGAGGUAUAUGAGACCCAGGGUGGGGCACUGAUGAACGUGGAGGUUGCCCUGCACCGAGGACUGCUCACCAAGUGCUCCCUGUGCCAGCGCACUGGUGCCACCAGCAGCUGCAAUCGCAUGCGUUGCCCCAGCGUCUACCACUUUGCCUGCGCCAUCCGCGCCAAGUGCAUGUUCUUCAAGGACAAGACCAUGCUGUGUCCGAUGCAUAAGAUCAAGGGGCCCUGCGAGCAGGAGCUGAGCUCUUUUGCUGUCUUCCGGCGGGUCUACAUUGAGCGAGAUGAGGUGAAGCAAAUCGCCAGCAUCAUCCAGCGGGGGGAGCGGCUGCACAUGUUCCGUGUAGGGGGCCUUGUGUUCCACGCCAUCGGACAGCUGCUGCCCCACCAGAUGGCCGACUUCCACAGUGCCACCGCCCUCUAUCCCGUGGGCUACGAGGCCACACGCAUCUACUGGAGCCUCCGUACUAACAACCGCCGCUGCUGCUACCGCUGCUCCAUCGGCGAGAACAACGGGCGGCCGGAGUUUGUGAUCAAAGUCAUGGAGCAGGGCCUGGAGGACCUGGUCUUCACUGACGCCUCUCCCCAGGCUGUGUGGAAUCGCAUCAUUGAGCCUGUGGCUGCCAUGAGAAAAGAGGCUGACAUGCUGCGGCUCUUCCCUGAGUACCUGAAAGGCGAGGAGCUCUUUGGGCUGACCGUGCACGCUGUGCUGCGCAUAGCUGAAUCACUGCCUGGAGUGGAAAGCUGUCAAAAUUAUUUAUUCCGCUAUGGACGCCACCCCCUGAUGGAGCUGCCACUCAUGAUCAACCCCACUGGUUGUGCUCGAUCAGAGCCUAAAAUCCUCACACACUACAAACGGCCCCACACUCUGAACAGCACCAGCAUGUCCAAGGCAUAUCAGAGCACCUUCACAGGCGAGACCAACACCCCGUACAGCAAACAGUUUGUGCACUCGAAGUCAUCUCAGUACCGGCGGCUCCGCACUGAGUGGAAGAACAAUGUAUAUCUGGCUCGCUCCCGUAUCCAGGGCCUGGGGCUCUAUGCGGCCAAGGACCUAGAAAAGCACACAAUGGUCAUUGAGUACAUUGGCACCAUCAUUCGCAAUGAGGUGGCCAACCGGCGGGAGAAAAUCUAUGAGGAGCAGAAUCGAGGCAUCUACAUGUUUCGAAUAAACAACGAACAUGUCAUUGAUGCUACGUUGACCGGAGGCCCUGCCAGGUACAUUAACCAUUCCUGUGCCCCUAACUGUGUGGCGGAAGUUGUGACAUUUGACAAGGAGGACAAAAUCAUCAUCAUCUCCAGCCGGCGAAUCCCCAAAGGAGAGGAGCUGACAUAUGACUAUCAGUUUGAUUUUGAGGACGAUCAGCACAAGAUCCCCUGCCACUGUGGAGCCUGGAAUUGUCGGAAAUGGAUGAACUAAGAAGCUUUGAGGCUACCAGGCAGGGGAGUCCCCCACCCCAACCUCUUCCCUGAAAGGGAUGAGGGGGAAGAGAGGUAGCAGCCAGAGCCAGGACCCAGGGCUGGGGCUGCCGGCUGACCGGAGCCCCUGGAGCAGGAGGCUGGGGCAGAGGGCCCUAGGCCACGCCCACCCUGGGCACCAGGGAUGACCCUCUUCCCCGCCACUGGCCCCCAGGCUGGCAUCUCUGCCCCCAGCUCCAGGAGGGGUCAGACAGAAGCAGCCACUGGGCAUCUCAGGUUUGAGGGGGAUAUGGGCUGGGAACUACCCAGAAGCAUCUGGGAGGCAGCAGGGAGGGGGGAGGAGGAUGUGUGGCCGGGCCUCACAGCCCUGCUGCUCCCACCGACCUCUCUGGCCCAACUCGAGGCUGCAAAGAGACUUGACUAAGCUUGACAAUCCCAAAGGCCGGGUCCCACACCUGGCCCUGCCUGCCGGGUCCUGCCCCCACCCUCACCCCCAUCCCCUUCCCUCUCAAUCUGUCUCUGUCUCCCUCUUCUCCUCUGUGUUUCUGUCUCUCUAUGGGUUGUGUUUCCUUGUUUUCCACUCUGACAAAUGCAACAUGAACGGGAAAGAGGCGCCCCGCUGCCCAGGAGGGCAAGCCGGGCAAGCCGGGCAAGGAGACCCCGCACCCACACCUACCUCAUUUAAGUGUUGGAUUUUUUGCUGUUUUGAAAUGUGAGACCCUCUCCAAGCCCCCUACUGCCCCAUCCCUCUCCCCCACCUCACUGCCCUCUUCUGAGUGGGUGGAAGGGGGGGUAGGAGGAAGAAGAAAAAACAACAACAAAAAAUCCAUCUUUGUUUUUAAUUACGGGCACGGGAUGGUGGUUGAGACUAAUGAUGAUGAAGAUUGGGGAUGACUGGCCCCUAGUUGCUCUAGGACUUCCUUCUCCAUCUGGACAUGGGGGCAGGAGGGGUGUGCUAAACUUAGGACCAGGAUAUCUCCCUCCGGUUUUCCCAACCCCAUCAUGAGCCCAUUUGCCCUCCAGCCCCCGGAUAGGGUGGGUGGGUGGUAGGGUGAGGGCUAUCCCUGAGUGGCAUGCCCAUACCCAGUGAGGCAGGGUGUGGCCCGGAGCUCCCACUUUCCCUCCGUCACCAAACUGCUGCUGGUCUGGUGGGAAGGGGUGGUGAUGUGGGGCUGGGGGAGCUUAGUGUCAGCGCGGGGAGGGUGGGGGGUAUUUAUCUAUUUAUACAUGGGAUUGUACAUAGUCUUGUGGGGCAUGGGGGAGCCGGCUGGAGGUGAGAACCCUCCCCUCUCCCCCCACCCCCGGGGAGAGCAAAUGUAAAACUACUAAUUUUUGUGCUUUAUAUAUUCUAUAUAAAUAUAUCUAUUUUCUUUUUACAAAACCAGUUUAUAAAUGGUAGGGGGGCGUGGGGCGGACACAUGGAGCUCCCCUUGUGGGGGAGCCCCCUCCAUUACCCAACCUACCGCCCUUUUCCUCACCCCCUCCUCCCCACCCCCUGGCUGUGACUGCUGUAAGGGGGGGGUAUAGAGGCUGGGCGACUCCCACCCCCUUUUGUAUAGUUGGACUAUGUUAUAACGCACAAAAGUGAGCUGGCCCCAGGGGGAGCCAGAGGGUAAUGGGUUCCCCUGCCUCCUCCCCUGUCCUUCCCCUUUCUGCCCAAGCUUGUGCUGCAGUUGAACCUCUUCCUGGGGGUAGGGUUAGGUCAGGGGGUGGGUGAGGCCCCAGACCCCUCUCUGGUAGGGAGCCAUGGGGAUGAAGAUGAAGCUUAUAUGCAGUUCUCUCCUAGGGGCUGUGGGCAAAGGGCAUUUUGUAAUUAAUAUUUUCAAGAAUCAAAUGUCUGGAGUGUAGGGGUGGGCUUGGUGGUGGUGUAUGGGCGGGCCUGCUGGAGGGGGAGCACGGUUGCUGUUGUGAUUUUAGGUUUGUUUUUGUUUGUUUUCGAAUUUGGGGGGUUGCGGAUUGAUGGGGGUAGGGAGAUUUUUUUUUUUUUUUUAAGCUGCUUCCUCAACUGUUUCAAGCUGCAAAUGUUUAAGAGAAUAACAUCCCCUCAGCCCCGCGGAAACCACUGCAGUUAAAUCAGACAGUGGGGAGACUGGGCUGCUGCCCCCGAAGCCAUUGGAUGUUCCUUUUCCAAGAGCAAAGAAGGUCUAGGCUACAGGGAGGGGGAGAUUGGCUCCUGCGAGUCAGGCUCUGGUUGGGGCUUGGGCCCUGGGAUUGGGAAAAGGGGAUGGGGCAGACUUUGUAAGCAUAUGCUAGGUAUCUGAUAGUCCUGUAGAAUUUAGUGAAGAAACCUUAUACAGUUUUUAAUUUUUAUAUAAACUAACUCAGACCCAAGCUACAAGGUUGGAAUUUUGGUUGUUGGUUUUUUUUUUUUUUUUUUUUUUAAAGUACCCCGCCUGUAUAAUUGCAUCAGAAUUCCCUCUCCCCCGCCCCGCCCUUCCCCGUGCCCCAUGUUUGUAUUUUGGGUUGGUUUACACUUGCACAUAUUCAAUUUUCAGUUUUUCCCCUUUACGGUCUUCUCCCCUCACCUCCAGGACCCUCCCUCCCCCUUUUUAAAAAAUAAAUCUCUGACAAGUGUGAAUCCCGUGAAGACUUUAUUUUGUGUUGUGUGUAUCCUGUACAGCAAGGUUGGUCCUUCGUAACAACGGAUGAAAUGAUUCCCUUUUUUAAAGCGCCCUCUCUCCCUCCACCCCCAGCGCCCCUGUCCUUGGCAUGUUUUGUAUCAGCGAUCAUUCUGAACUGUACAUAAUUUAUGUUGCAAGAGGCAAAGGGCAAGUUUUGGAUUUUGCUUCUUCCAAGUUUGUUUUUAAACGACAAAUAAAAAAAGAACAUUUUAAAUA